AUGGCCACGAUACAAAGCACUACACAGCCCAACACGCUGGAAACGCCAGACUUACAACAACGUCCUACAACUCCAAGAGUAAUUCGCACCGUCGUCCACGAUGAAGGUCUUCCAGAAGUUGUCCACUCAAAUCAACCCUUGAAACCCACAGAAUACUACGAUGCUCCGAUACCAGUAGACUCAGAAACAGACAAACGAUACAACGAAGCUCCUAUUCCAGUCACAACACUCGACAAAUAUGAGCCUGCACCUCCACUGCCAGUUCGUCCAUCUUCAAUAACACCACAACCUCAGCAACCCUACCCCUACGGCCCAGGUGGUUAUUCUCAACCACAACAUCCCGGCUUCGUCGCUCAGUCACCGCAACUACCAUUCUUAAACAACAAUGAGGUCGUAACUGUCUCUGCAACAGUCCUCGGAUUCACAACGAUAGCUGGCGCUGCUGUUCCUUAUGUUGGGAAAUGGCACUCUCACACAGCUCACUACUGCAGCAUUUGUGACCAUAAAGUGGCAAUUCGGAAAUGGGGAUCUAAUCAGAUGAAGCCUCAAGCGACGCCCGAUUAUCUGAGGGAGGUAUCGAGAUAUGGCCCCGCUCAAUCACCAAGCAUGUCCAGUGGCUCGACGAGAGGUUAA